AUUGCAAAUGGCUGAUGCUUUUGUUCAAAUUUUGCUGGAGAAUUUGAACUCACUCAUCCGAAAGGAGGUUGGGUUGCUUUGGGGUCUUGACAAAGACAUGAACAAACUUUCCAGCUUGCUCUCAACUAUUCAAGCUGUGCUGGAAGAUGCUGAGGAGAAGGAAGUGCAAGACAAGGCGCUUCAGAAUUGGCUGCAGAAGCUAAAAGAAGCAGAUUAUAAGGUGGAUGACAUCUUGGAUGAUUGUGCAACAGAAGUCUCUCGAUUAGAGUCUAAAGGUCGCACGAUUGGCAUUAGGAUGAAAGAGAUUACAGAGAGGUUAGAUGAAAUUGCAGAGGAGAGGAUACAGUUUCAUUUGAAUGAGGUAGUUUCACAGAGGGGAGCUGUAGUCGGAGAAGAAUGCCAAACUGGCUCCAUAAUUAUUCAAUCUCACAUGUAUGGUAGAGAUGAAGAUAAAGAAAUAAUUGUUGAAAAUUUGGUGAAUCAUGUAGCCAGUUGUGAUGACAUUUCCGUCUACCCUAUUGUUGGUAUUGGGGGGCUUGGGAAGACAACGCUUGCUCAGGUGGUCUACAAUGAUGAGAGAGUGAGCAUGCAUUUUGAGCUAAGAAUCUGGGUUUGCAUUUCAGAGGACUUCAGUGUGAAGAAGAUCAUAAAAGCUAUAAUUGAAUCUGCAACUGGAACUGCUUGUGAAGAUGUAGAGUUAGACCCUUUGCAGAGACGCCUUCAAAAUAUGUUGAACAGGAAAAGGUAUUUGCUUGUGCUAGAUGAUGUAUGGAGUGAAGACGAAGAGAAGUGGGAUAGAUUAAAGUGUGUGUUGGCAUGUGGAUCGAAAGGUGCUUCGAUAAUUGUCACUACUCGAAGCAGAAAGGUUGCAUCCAUUAUGGGAACGCUUCCCAUGCAUCAUUUGUCAGGAUUAUCGGAAGAUGAAUGCUGGUUAUUGUUUAAAGAACGGGCAUUUGGACAAGAGAAAGAAAAACGUCCAAACCUUGUUGCAAUAGGGAAAGAGAUAGUGAAGAAGUGUAGCGGUGUGCCUCUAGCUGUGAAGUCUCUUGGAAGCUUGAUGCGUUAUAAAAGUGAGGAAAAUGAGUGGCUUUCUGUCAAGGAAAGUGAGCUCUGGAAUUUGCCACAAGAUAAAAAUUCCAUCGUACCAGCCUUAAGAUUGAGUUACUCCCAUUUGCCAUCGAAAAUAAAAAGAUGUUUUGCCUUUUGUGCUGUCUUCCCAAAGGAUUUUGAAAUUGGGAGACAAAACUUGAUUCAUCUUUGGAUGGCCAAUGGCUUUAUUCAGGGCAGUCAAAAUUUUGAGCCGGAAGAUAUUGGGAUUGAGAUAUGCAAAGAAUUAUAUUGGCGAUCCUUUUUUCAAGAUGCGAAAAAAGAUGAGUUUGGGAAUAAUUUAUUAUUUAAAAUGCAUGAUCUUCUUCAUGAUCUUGCACAAUUUAUUGUGAAAGAUGAAUUUGCUGUCAUGGAGGCCAACGGUUCAAAUAAUAUCUCAAAAAGCACUCUUCAUGUCAGACUAGAUCUUGAUUGGUUGCAACUAUCAGCUACAAGUUCUGAAGCUUUGUAUGGAGUUGAAACGUUAAGGACAUUAAUCGUGGUUCCAACCCUGCGAUUUUCUUGUGACAUCUCGAGAUUAAUCUCAUUGAGAGUUCUUCGUGUCCUUUCAAUUGAAUUAUCGUUGUCAUCUUCAAUUCACCAUUUAAAGCAUCUAAGGUACCUGAACCUUUCUGGCAGCCAUAUUAAACUGCUUCCCGAAUCACUUUGUAGCUUGCUUAAUUUGCAGGUUUUGAAUUUGAAAGAUUGUUAUCAACUUUGGAAGCUACCUAAGCGCAUGAGAUGCUUGAAAAAUCUUCGACAUCUUUAUCUGAAUGGCUGUACCAAGUUAUCUCAAAUGCCUCCACAUAUUGGACAGAUCACUUGCUUAAAAACUUUAACUCUCUUCAUCGUGGGUGAGAGGAGAGGUUGCCACUUGGCUGAAUUGAAAGGUUUAAAUCUUGGAGAAGAAUUAUGUGUCACGCAUCUUAAUAGAGUGGGCAAUCUGAUGGAUGCCCAAGAAGCCAAUUUGGUCGAAAAACCGAAUCUACGCCACCUGGAAUUAUCUUGGGAACUUGAUAGUGAAUCGGAAUCUCAGGAAAAGGUUGAAAAAGUAUUUGAAAUUUUGAAACCUCACUCAAACCUUGAAAUUUUGAAAAUUGAAGGUUAUAAAGGUGCCAAAUUUCCAGUUUGGAUGGAUUAUCUAAGUAAUGUUGUUUCUAUCACGCUCUCUACCUGUGAGAAUUGUCGACAACUUCCUCCCUUGUGGCAACUUCCUCGGCUUCGAUAUCUUACAAUUAGAAAUUUGAUUAACCUGGUGUACAUUGAUACAAGUUUCCAAGGUGAGAAAAUUCCGUCUUUGGAGGAACUCUGUAUUGAUGGAUUGCCGAGGUUACAGAGGUUGUCAAGACAGGAUGGAAGCAAGUUAUUCCCAUGUCCUACGAAGCUAAAAAUUUAUGACUGUCCUAAAUUAACCACCCUGCCAUGUCUUCCUUCAGCAAAAAGUUUAGUGAUUCAUUCUUGCAAUGGGGAACUUCUAAAAUCAAUCUCACAUUUCAGAAGCCUUACUUACCUACAUCUUUAUAAAAAUUGCGAUUUAGUUUACCUUCCUCAUGGGAUUCUGCAAAAUCUCUCCUCUCUUCGCGAAAUGUCUAUUAUAAGUUUCAAAAAGCUUAAAGGGUUUGCCACUGAUCGAGUUAGUCUCAAUGGUCUUAAAUCGUUAACAAUUUAUGAAUGCCUUGAGCUUGAGGCUUUUCCGGAGCAAGUACUGGAAGGCCUAAACUCUCUUCAGGAGUUGACUAUAGGAAUGUGCAUAAAGUUUUCAAAUUUGUCAGAGGGGUUGACUUUUCCGAAAGGUAUCAAAUACCAUAGUUCCCUCCGGAAGUUGGACAUAUGGGAGUUGACAGUGUUGCCUGAGUCCAUAAGGUAUGUCCCUGCACUGCAAACACUGAGCAUACGCAGCUACCCUGAAUUAGCAUCAUUGCCUCACUGGCUGGGAGACCUAACAUCUCUUCAGUCUUUGCAUAUUUAUGAAUGCCCAAAGUUGUCAUCUCUUCCCGCCAGCAUCCAGAGCCUCACCAAUCUACAAAAAUUGAUCAUUUUGGAAUGCCCUGAACUGGUGAAGAGAUGCGAGAAGGAGACAGGAGAAGAUUGGUACAAGAUAGCACAUGUUCCGAACGUUUGUGUAGAAACCUUACACUAAUUAAUUACUAGUUGCAUCAAGUUGGGAGAUAUGAAGAGCUAGUGCUACUACAGGAAUGUUGUGAAGGUAUGGACUGUUAGUUGAUGCUUAUUGCUAAUUAAUGUGAAACUUUCAUGUAAUAGUAUAUGUAUACAUAUGUUUCUGCUUGAAGUAUAUAACCAAAAACCAUGAAAAGGCUCUGCGAGCAAUUUUAUUUUGGUUAUUCUUUUCUCCUUGUGUGGGGAGAACGAUACUAUAUUG